CCCACGACUACUGACUGUGGUCAAGCAGAAAGAUGCCCAGAGAAAUAAUCACAAUCCAAGCCGGCCAGUGCGGCAACAAUGUCGGCUCGCAAUUCUGGCAACAGCUCUGUCUCGAACACGGAAUAAGUCAGGAUGGCAAUUUAGAGGAUUUCGCAACUGAAGGCGGCGACCGUAAGGAUGUCUUCUUCUACCAGAGUGAUGAUACUCGGUAUAUCCCCCGAGCGAUCCUUCUGGAUCUUGAGCCCAGAGUCCUCAAUGCUAUUCAAACCGGUCCCUACCGAAACAUCUACAACCCCGAGAACUUCUUCAUCGGACAGCAGGGCAUUGGCGCUGGAAACAACUGGGGCGCUGGUUACUCUGCGGGUGAAGUUGUCCAAGAGGAGAUCUUCGACAUGAUCGAUCGAGAGGCGGAUGGGAGCGAUUCACUGGAGGGAUUCAUGUUCUUGCAUUCGAUCGCAGGAGGCACAGGCUCUGGUCUGGGCAGCUUCAUCCUUGAGCGGAUGAACGACCGAUUCCCCAAGAAACUAAUGCAGACUUACUCUGUCUUUCCCGACACGCACUCUGUGGACGUGGUCGUCAACCCAUACAACAGUCUGCUCACCAUGCGGCGGUUGACGCAAAAUGCCGACUCAGUUGUUGUGCUGGACAAUGGUGCUCUCUCGCGAAUCGUUGCUGAUAGACUCCAUGUGCAAGAGCCGUCAUUUCAACAAACAAAUCAGCUUGUAUCCACUGUGAUGUCCGCCUCCACCACCACCCUCCGUUACCCCGGCUACAUGCACAACGACCUGGUUGGGAUCAUCGCUUCCCUGAUACCCACGCCCCGCAGCCACUUCCUCAUCACCUCGUACACCCCCUUCACCGGCGACAACAUCGAGCAGGCCAAGACGAUCCGCAAGACGACCGUCCUGGACGUGAUGCGCAGACUCCUGCAGCCCAAGAACCGCAUGGUGUCGAUCAACCCCAGCAAAUCCAGCUGCUACAUCAGCAUCCUCAACAUCAUCCGGGGCGAAGCCGACCCGACCGACGUCCACAAGUCGCUGCUCCGCAUCCGCGAGCGGCGCCUGGCGUCGUUCAUCCCGUGGGGCCCCGCCAGCAUCCAGGUGGCCCUGACGAAGAAAUCGCCGUACAUCCAGGACACGCACCGCGUCAGCGGUCUGAUGCUGGCCAACCACACCUCGGUCGCCACUUUGUUCAAGCGGAUCGUGCAGCAGUACGACCGCCUGCGGAAGCGGAACGCCUUCCUCGAGCAAUACAAGAAGCAGAGCCCCUUCUCGGAUGGUCUAGGGGAGUUCGAUGAGGCCCGCGCUGUGGUUAUGGACCUGGUUGGGGAGUACGAGGCGGCCGAGGGUGAGGAUUACCUGGAUCCCGAUGCUGGAAAGGACAAAGAGCUUGGAAUCUGAUGUGUAAACGAACGCCCUUUUGUUCUAUUCCUGUUCGCAUUUUUAAUUUUUGUGUGUGUGUGUGUGUGUCUGCGUUUGGACAUUGCUCUGAUGUGGUUCCUUUUGUUUAAUGACUGACUACCAAGGGUUGACUGGUGUAUAUCAAGCGGCGAAGGCGUUUCUCAAAUUGAUCGUUGUUUUUCAUUUUUCUGAUAAAAAAAAAACAAAACCAACUUAGA